AUGGAUACUCUUUUCAAGGCAAAGUUUCUCGUCGUCGUGACGGUAGGGGGCUCUACAAACUCCGCCCCCAUGCUUGAAGUGUGCGCGAUACUCGCCACUAGAGGUCAUACUAUUGAGUUCGCAACACUUGAAGGGCGACAAAAGUUCGCCGAACCCUACCCGUUCGUGUCUGCCGUUCACAUAGUAGGGCCUGCCAUCUCGGCGGCCGAUGAGGAAGUGCACUACCGACGAUUCUCCAGGUGGGACUGGGACACGGCAGACGGCAAGCGGGACAUCGUCGACGGCAAGAUUGCGUUUGACGCCUUCUGGCCCGAGACAUACCGGCGGCUCGGAGACGUCGUGAGGAAGACCAGGCCCGACUUUAUCUAUGCCGACUACCAUGUCGAAGCUGCCGUGGAUGUGGCCUCUGACUUUCGGCUCCCUGUGGCCGUCAUGUGGCCGCAAAUGCCGUGGUUGGUGAUGCCGCAAAAGUACAUUCCCGGCCAGUCAGGUAUGCAGCAGCGCUGCCUGACGAGCGAGAAGGCGUCCCUGACGGAUCGGCUCUUCGAGAUGACCUUUCUGCUGCGGUCCGCACCCUACUUCUUGCGCUGGCUCUUCUUCGUACGCUCCAUGCGCAAGAAGGAGGGCGUGCCGCCGCGGCAAAAGCAGUCCAAGCCAGACCAUCUCGUGCUCACCAACUCGUACUAUGGCAUCGAGGUGCCGCGAGACACCCCGCCGCUGGUCCACGCAGUAGGGCCUAUUCUCUCCGAGUCGUGGCCGGCCAUGCCGGAUUCGUUUGCGUCCUUCUUCGCCGCCCGCAAGCGCAUCUGCUACGUCGCCUUUGGCACGCAUGUCAUUCUCGACAGCGCGCAGGUGGACAAGAUCGUGCGUGGUCUCGAUACGGCCCUCGCUACGGGCAUCAUCGACGGCAUAGUCUGGUCCCUGAGUCUCGUGGCCGCCGCGGCAUUGAGUCCGAGCAGCUGUCCUUUUCCUCGUUCCGCCGGCGGCGACCGCCGCCUGACCGUCGCCAGCAUGCUGGCCAACGAGCACCCAGCCUGGCUCAGCUGCACGUGGGCGCCGCAGCGCGCCAUUCUCGCCCACAGCUCGACUGCCGUCUUUCUGACCCACGCCGGCCCGUCGUCGGCCAACGAGUCCGUCUUUCACGGCGUGCCCAUGAUCGCCAUGGGCGUCUUUGGCGACCAGAUGAACAACGCUCUCCGGCUCGAGGCCGCAGGUGUCGCUGUCCGGCUGCAAAAGAAAGACUUCACAGCCGCUCAGCUAACCGAGGGCGUAACGCGCAUCGUUGUCAGCGAGAAGGAUGAUUUUGAGAGGGAGUCGGCUCGCCUCCGCAAAAUCGCGGCCGUGGCAUCUCGGAGGAGGUCUCUGGCAGCCGACCUCAUCGAGGAGCACCUAUACGACUGGGACGGCCGGUUCGAGCACCAGCUGCUCGGGCGUGAGCCGCGUGGUGUCGAGAUGGAGGACGGUACCUCGUCGCCUCUGUAUGUCAAGGAUGCGGAUUUCUACCCACGCGGCCGAGAGCUGCGCCCGAUGCAUCUGCAGACGGCCGACGUGCGCAUGUCAUGGCUGAAACUGAAUAACGUCGAUAUUGCUCUGUUGCUUUGCGGCGCGGCUGGUCUGUUGGGGGGAUUUAUUUACAUGAUUUACCGGGUUAGCAACUUGUGA